AUGGCACUAAGAAGGAGAGAUGAGUUCGACGACAUUCCUGAUGACGAACUUGAAGAGACGCUUUUUGAACGACUUGAAGGACUCACUGAAAUGGUCCCAGCGAGUCUUCGCAAAGCCAUCACAAGUGGUGCAUCAUGGAGUGCUUGGGGAGUGAAAAGUCUGUGGUAUGUCACUCGUCAAGCAGUAUGGAUAGGAGCUACCACUUCACUUAUCAUGUUUUUGCCCUACAUAAUUGAAAAAGAGAGAAGCGAUUUGGAGAAAACUCAGGUUGCACAACAACGUCAAAUGCUUCUGGGCCCUUCGGCAGCACUACAGGCCGCUAAGCAGCACUAA